CAGAAAAGCAGAACUGACACUGAAAAGCAAAAAAAGCAGAAGAAAGCUCACGCAGAGCAAAAAUUAUAUUCUUGUAAAAUUUGUGAUAAAACAUUUUCUGGAAACCGUAACUUGAUGGUACACAUGAAAACUCACACAGGAGAAAAACCUUUCACUUCUUCAAUCUGUGGAAAACGUUUCAAACAAAAAAGACAUUUAACUCAGCACAUGAGAAUUCACACAGGUGAGAAGCCUUUCUCAUGUGGGAGCUGUGGAAAAAGUUUCAACGAUAAAGGCCAAUUAAAUGUACAUAUGAGAAUUCACACAGGUGAGAAGCCUUUCUCAUGUGGGACCUGUGGAAAAUGUUUUACCCAUAAAAACACUUUGAAUGUUCAUAUGAGAAUUCACACAGGUGAGAAGCCUUUCUGCUGUGGGACUUGUGGAAAGAGUUUCACCCAAAAGGGCAGUUUAGAUGUUCACAUGAGAAUUCACAGAGGUGAGAAGCCUUUCUCCUGUGGAACCUGUGGAAAAGGUUUCUCUAUAAAAAGUAAUUUAAAAGUUCAUGUGAAAAUUCACACUGGUGAGAAGCCUUUCUCAUGUGGGAGCUGUGGAAAAAGUUUCACCUUGAAAACAAUUUUAAAUAAUCAUAUGAGAAAUCACACAGGUGAGAAGCCUUUCUCAUGUGGGAGCUGUGGAAAAAGUUUCAACGAUAAAGGCCAAUUAAAUGUACAUAUGAGAAUUCACACAGGUGAGAAGCUUUUCUCCUGUGGGACUUGUGGAAAGAGUUUCACCCAUAAGGGCAGUUUAGAUGUUCACAUGAGAAUUCACAGAGGUGAAAAGCCUUUCUCCUGUGGGUCCUGUGGAAAGCGUUACAGUGAAAGAGGGAAGUUAACUCAGCACAUGAGAAUUCACACAGGUGAGAAGCCUUUCUCCUCUGGAACCUGUGGAAAAGGUUUCUCUAUAAAAAGUAAUUUAAAAGUUCAUGUGAAAAUUCACACUGGUGAGAAGCCUUUCUCUUGUGGGACUUGUGGAAAGAGUUUCACCCAUAAGGGCAGUUUAGAUGUUCACAUGAGAAUUCACAGAGGUGAGAAGCCUUUCUCCUGUGGAACCUGUGGAAAAGGUUUCUCUAUAAAAAGUAAUUUAAAAGUUCAUGUGAAAAUUCACACUGGUGAGAAGCCUUUCUCAUGUGGGAGCUGUGGAAAAUGUUUUACCCAUAAAUACACUUUGAAUGUUCAUAUGAGAAUUCACACAGGUGAGAAGCCUUUCUGCUGUGGGACUUGUGGAAAGAGUUUCACCCAAAAGGGCAGUUUAGAUGUUCACAUGAGAAUUCACAGAGGUGAGAAGCCUUUCUCCUGUGGGUCCUGUGGAAAGCGUUACAGUGAAAGAGGGACGUUAACUCAGCACAUGAGAAUUCACACAGGUGAGAAGCCUUUCUCCUGUGGAACCUGUGGAAAAGGUUUCUCUAUAAAAAGUAAUUUAAAAGUUCAUGUGAAAAUUCACACUGAGGGUGAGAAGCCUUUCUCCUGUGGGUCCUGUGGAAAGCGUUACAGUGAAAGAGGGAAGUUAACUCAGCACAUGAGAAUUCACACAGGUGAGAAGCCUUUCUCCUGUGGAACCUGUGGAAAAGGUUUCUCUAUAAAAAGUAAUUUAAAAGUUCAUGUGAAAAUUCACACUGGUGAGAAGCCUUUCUCAUGUGGGAGCUGUGGAAAAUGUUUUACCCAUAAAUACACUUUGAAUGUUCAUAUGAGAAUUCACACAGGUGAGAAGCCUUUCUGCUGUGGGACUUGUGGAAAGAGUUUCACCCAAAAGGGCAGUUUAGAUGUUCACAUGAGAAUUCACAGAGGUGAGAAGCCUUUCUCCUGUGGGUCCUGUGGAAAGCGUUACAGUGAAAGAGGGACGUUAACUCAGCACAUGAGAAUUCACACAGGUGAGAAGCCUUUCUCCUGUGGAACCUGUGGAAAAGGUUUCUCUAUAAAAAGUAAUUUAAAAGUUCAUGUGAAAAUUCACACUGGUGAGAAGCCUUUCUGUUGUGGGACUUGUGGAAAGAGUUUCACCCAUAAGGGCAGUUUAGAUGUUCACAUGAGAAUUCACAGAGGUGAGAAGCCUUUCUCCUGUGGGACUUGUGGAAAGCGUUACAGUGAAAGAGGGAAGUUAACUCAGCACAUGAGAAUUCACACAGGUGAGAAGCCUUUCUCCUGUGGAACCUGUGGAAAAGGUUUCUCUAUAAAAAGUAAUUUAAAAGUUCAUGUGAAAAUUCACACUGGUGAGAAGCCUUUCUCAUGUGGGAGCUGUGGAAAAUGUUUUACCCAUAAAUACACUUUGAAUGUUCAUAUGAGAAUUCACACAGGUGAGAAGCCUUUCUGCUGUGGGACUUGUGGAAAAAGUUUCUCUCGAAAAGAUAAAUUAAAUAAUCAUAUGAAAAUUCACACAAGUGAGAAACCCUUCUCUUGUGGGACUUGUGGAAAGAGUUUCACCCAUAAGGGCAAUUUAGAUGUUCACAUGAGAGUUCACACAGGUGAGAAGCCUUUCUCUUGUGGUACUUGUGGAAAAAUUUUCUCUCGAAAAGAUAAAUUAAAUAAUCAUAUGAAAAUUCACACAAGUGAGAAACCCUUCUCUUGUGGGACAUGUGGAAAAAGUUUCACCUCGAAAACAACUUUACAUAGUCAUAUGAGAAUUCACACAGGUGAGAAGCCUUUCUCUUGUGCAACCUGUGGAAAAAGUUACAGUGACAGAAGGACUUUAAUUCAGCACAUGAGAAUUCACACAGAGUUUCACCCAUAA